AUGACCGACCCAAUUUUGGAGGUCCCUGAAAUCAUCCAAUCUACCACUAUCAGAUCUAAUCCAUCCCCAAGCCAUGACAUCAACCCGGCCUCGGCCGCAUCGGAGAAACAACCCGUCGAGCCCGUCUCGUCCACCGAGGCAGGCAGCAUCUCCUCCGACCUCGUCGACCCCAGCCGAGUGAUUCGGCCCGUCCGCCGGCGCCAGACUCUUCCUCCACUCCCAGACCUGCGCUUUGAACAGAGCUACCUGGCCAGUUUGAAAGAUGCCGACACGUGGGGACGAGUCGCGUGGAUUACCAUUCGCGACCAGGUCAUGCUCCCGCUCAUCCAGGGCACAGUUUGGACCCUCGCGCUCUCGGGGUGGCGGUUCUGGAACCGCAAUGCCUCGCUUAGCGGCCAAACCCUCGGCAGCAGAAUCCGCCGAUGGUGGUACGAAGUGAACGAUUGGCGACUCCCUCCGCUGGGCUGGACGAAGAGCCCGCAGCUGGCCUCGCAGGUCGAGGAUUUCUUGCAGUUCUAUGAGGCCCAGUUUUCCAACGCGGGUGCGGACUGA